UCUAAGGGGCGAAAGCCGUGGGGACCCCCGCAGAGGGCUGGGAGGGGUUCCGAGAAAGGGAGAUGCGGGGCUGUGGGCAACCUCAGCCUGCGGGGUUCUGGGAGUUGGGGCUAGGGAGUCGGGGCAGGGGUCCGGCGUGGGCCCUGGGACACGGGUCUCCGGCAUCUCUUUCCUCGGGCGCGCGCUCUGCGCCCGCGGGAGCCGGGCCGCGGGGGCGGCCGCCCGGAGCAUGCGCACCGGCCGCGCUGCGGGCGGGAGCCGAGCCUGGGAGCGGGGACGCGGGGCGGCGCGAAGCCGGGCCCUCCGCCGCCCCGCGCUCCCAUGUACGCCUUCUACUCGCUGCUCAUCUACAUCUUCUACAGCCUUUUCCGCAGGGACGGAGGGGCCGCGGCGUCCGCCGGCUCCGGGGACCCCGCCCAGAAUGCCCGCGGCAAGCCCGGGGAUCGCCGCCGCCCCGACCAGCGCCCUGCAGAUCUGUGGACCGAGCUGACAGGCCUGGUCGGCUGCUCGGAGUCGGAAGAUGGGCCUGGAGAGGGAUCCGAGGGCCGCCCCGCGGAGGUCUCCCUGGAAGAGGCUCUCGUGCGUCUUGCCGAGUUCCUUUCGGGCCAGCUGGGGGCGGAAGAGAGCUGCGGGUGUCCUGCAGAUCUGAGCAAGCCCGGGGAUGUCCCCCCACUGCUGACGGUGAUUGGCCAGCUCUUGGCUCUCCUGGCAUGGAUUCGGAGCCCCAGGGGGAGGCAGGCCCUGCCCCAGGAAACUCAGCCAGCCUCCGGGGUGCAGCCCCCCGCGACUGCCGGACCCACAUCCCAAGAAAACCGUUCCCUUUCGCCGGGGGCUGAGGCCCAGGGGGGGCAGCCCCCCCAGUUGGUGGAGGACCAGAGGGCUUGGCAGCAGCUGGAGCAGCUCGUCCUUGGACAGCUGGAGGAGCUAAAGCAGCAGCUGGAUCUGCAGGAGGGACUGGGCCAGCUUCACUUGAGAGUGGGGGCAACAGACUCCGAGAAAAGGGUUCAGCAUCUGACCCUGGAGAACGAGGCCUUGAAGCAGAGCCUGAUCCUCACUCAGGACCUCCUGAGGCACUGGGGCGCCGGCCCCCCUGUCAGGGCUCCGCAGGAGGAGGCAGAGGCGCUGGUGGAGCUCCAGGGCCAGCUGCAGGAGGCCCAGGAGGCCACAGACGCCCUCCGAGUCCAGCUGGGGGUGCAGGAGGCGCAGCUGCAGGGCCUCCAGGGGGCCCUCCGGCAGCUCCAGCAGGAAACAGAGCAGAGCUGCAGAAGGGAGCUGCAGCAGGUGCACGGGCAGCUGGCAGGACUCCGGGCACGCAUGGCCAGCCUGCGCCAGGGCUGUGGGGACCUCCGCGGCCUGGUCAGCACCUUCACUCAGAGCUGCCAGGGCUCCCUGAGCGAGGCCCGGGGCCAGGUAUCCUGGGCCCUGAGGACACUGUCGGACAGUGGGGCCGGGGCUCAGCUCCCCGAAGGGCAGCAGGAGCCCCCAGCUGGAUGCCCGGGGCGGCUACUGGAGCUCAAGGGAAAUAUCCGUGUGCUGUGUCGGCUGAGGCCAGGGACACCCUCCAGCCUGGUGAGCUCGGAGCCCGGCCCGGGCGGCACCGUCACCACCUGCUACCGGGGGCACCAGCGUCGCUUCCGUCUGGACUGGGUCUUCCCUCCGGAGGCCAGCCAGGAGGAGGUCUUCCAGGAGCUGGAGCCCGCGGUGCUGUCCUGCCUCCGAGGCUACAGCGUGUGCAUUUUCACCUACGGCCAGACGGGGACCGGGAAGACCUACAGCAUGGAGGGCCCACCUGAGGACCCCGGCAUAGCUCCUAGGGCGCUGCAGUCCCUGUUCCGGGAGAUGAGGGCCGGAGGGCACCCCCGAGUGACCCUGAGCAUGGUGGAGAUCUACAACGAGGCUGUCAGGGACCUCCUAGCCCCCGGGCCCCCCGAGCGCUUGGUGGUGAGGCAGGGCCCGGCAGGCCAGGGAGGGAUCCAGGUGGCCGGCCUCACGUACUGGGAUGUGCCCAACCUGGAGACUCUGCACCAGAUGCUGAGCCUGGGGAGGAGCAACCGGGCCACGGCCGCCACCGCCAUGAACCAGCGCAGCUCUCGCUCCCACGCGCUGGUCACGCUGACCCUGCAGGCGGCGCCGUCCCCGCGCGGCGCAGGCACCACGGGCACGCUGCACCUGGUGGACCUGGCGGGGUCCGAGCGCGCCCGGAAGGCGGGGGCCGUGUGCAGCGCGAGGGGCGGCGCUCAGGACGCCCAGCGCCUCCGGGAGGCCCGGACCAUCAACCGCUCGCUGCUGGCGCUGGGCGGCGUGAUGACGGCGCUGCGGGCGCGCCGGCCGCACGUGCCCUUCCGCGACUCGCAGCUCACGCGCCUGCUGCAGCCGGCGCUGGGCCCGGGCGCCACGGCGGUGCUGCUGCUGCAGAUCUCCACGCGCCCCGAGGACCUCGGCGAGACCGUGUGCUCCCUCCAGUUCGCCGAGCGCGUGGGCCGCGUGGAGCUGGGGCCGGCGCGGCGCCGCAGGGCCCGGCGCUCGGGGACGCCCUCCUCCGUCAGCACGGACACGCCGCUCACCGGGACCCUCUGCACCCCCACGCCGCCCCCGGGGAGCCCCGCCAGCCCCGGCCCCGACGGCGCGGCUCCCGCGUCCCCCGAGGACCUGCUCGCGUAGCCAGGCCCCGGAGCCUGGGGGUGCGCCCUCUGCCGGCGGAAGCGGCGAACCCCCUGCGCUCUGACCACCUUUGACCUCUGGGAGCUCGCCGGUUCCCAAACUCCCAGAGCCGUCUCCCCCCUCCCGGCGAGGAGGGUUCCGCCCGCCCCUCCGCCGGCCCGGCUCCCUCCUUAUCGCCAUUUGCUGCCCUCUAUCGCCCGACGCAGCGGGGGACCCAGCGCGGCCCGGCCUGGCCCGCUGGCUUCUGAGUCGCCGCGAUCCCGGCCCCGGCCCCAAACACCAGUCUUGGCAUUAAAAUGUGGUCCAUUCCUUUACUGUUCUCCCCCCACGCCACCACCCACACACACUGGGUCGGGUCCCUGUGCCCCUAUGCCUUUCCCCAGAAAGGUGCUUCCUCCUGCCCAGACAGCUGAGGAAGGAAAGGGCUUCAGGCUGAGCUGCCAUACAAGUUCUCCCUCCCCCAACCCCGCAGCCAAGAGAGGGAGUGGCAGAUGGUGAUGGAUGGAUGGACGGACUGAAGAGGCAGAGAAGGUGGGGUAGGAAGGGGACAGGAAAGGCCACUCCUCCCAGCCUGGCCUGGGGCCGGGCUGACACACCCUUUGUGGGGUGGCCAAUAAACAUGGUAGACUCUCAGUGGCCACA